AUGGCCCGCACCAAGCAGACUGCUCGCAAGUCAACUGGCGGCAAGGCCCCACGUAAACAAUUAGCUACUAAAGCUGCAAGAAAGUCGGCACCUUCGACUGGAGGUGUUAAGAAGCCCCAUCGAUACAGGCCCGGUACUGUUGCUCUCCGUGAGAUCCGUCGAUACCAAAAGUCUACUGAACUACUUAUCCGCAAGUUGCCGUUCCAACGUUUGGUACGUGAAAUCGCCCAAGAUUUUAAGACUGAUCUUCGCUUCCAAAGUGCCGCUGUUGGGGCUCUGCAAGAGGCUAGCGAGGCUUAUCUUGUUGGCCUUUUUGAGGACACUAACUUGUGCGCAAUUCACGCCAAGCGGGUCACGAUCAUGCCAAAGGAUAUCCAGCUCGCUCGCCGCAUCCGAGGUGAACGUGCAUAA